GCUUGUUGAAAAAAUAUUUCACGUUUUUACAUAGGGAGCAUUCGCAGUUUCUUCUGCUUAUUGAGCCAGUUCGUCCGUGAAUAGUCGCUUGUCUUCUCUGAGACACUAUUUCUGUAGUAUUAUUCUUGUGAUUCAUGGCAUUCUCACUUUUAUUCAUAUCUUAUUUCUUCGUAUUUUCAUUUUAUUUUCUUUAGUCUAUUUGCUUGUCUGAUUUUUAUGGCAUUCUUUCGUAUCAUUUAUGCAACAUUUAGUGCUGUUUUUGUUGGUUUCCUUUUCUUGGAUGUAUGCGUGUUGAUGCUGUGAUUUUUUGAUUCAGUUCACUUCAUAUACGCUAAUUGUGACCACUAACUAGUUGCUGAACCUCUUUUUUCCAAAUUUUCCUCCUUUCCUGAAACUAUAGUCUCAAAAAAAACUAUUUCUUUCAACGUUAAACCGAAUGAGAAAUAUUUGGGCUGACGCUAUUCGCUUCACUUCACUCUUUCUCAACAGUUUCGAUACCCACCGUUAUACAGUUUUGGUUAUCUUAGAUGCGUGGUAACAAUUCUGUACAUGGAAAAACGUCUGAUAACCUAUGUGUUUCCUGAAUUACUUGGUUAGCUUCGCCAAUGACCACCAGGUUCAUCAUGUAUAUCUGUUAGACCUUUAACAAAUGUAUCAUUAUUCUCUUCUUUUUCUACACUGAUCCUGUAAUAAAUAACAGUAGCACUGCAUACUUCGGCUUUUUGUCACUACGUAAUUGACUUCUGGAAAUAAACGGAACUUUUAUCAUUCAAACAUUUCCACAGUGUUAUCAGUUGCACCUGUGGUUAUCAUUAUCAAUAUAGAAACAAAUAGAUUGAAGAUAAUCUAAUUCACAUGGACCAUGUUUACACAAAUAUCAUCUGAUUUUCCUAAUUAAAAGUACUUCUAGAUAAACAACUCAUUGAUUUUAAGUAAUAUAUAAAGGGUUCCACCAAAGCGGAUUUGAAUUUGUAUCUAUUAUUAGAAAAAUCUUCUCCAUACUCAACAUGAAAUUCGUUUUGGCUUUAGCAUUAUUUGCCUGUAUUGGGUUAUCUGUGCAAGCUGCACACAAGAGUGUUGGAGACAAGUCUGGCGCACUUUGUGAAGCCUGUACAAAUAUUGCUCAAUUCAUCAAAAAUGCAGUUGAUAACGAUUUACCCGAAGAAGAAGUAGAGAAAGCCGUUCAAGAAAUUUGCAACUUAUUAUCAGGUGACCUCGCAGACUUAUGCAACAACAAAAUUCUUCCUCUCGUCAAAAAAAUCUAUGAAGGAAUCAACCAAUCAACUCCAGAGGUUAUAUGCGGAGACCUUGGCUUCUGUUAAGUGAAAUGUGAAUAAAAAAUAUUCAAUAGUG